CAAAAGCCACCCUCCCCCCCGUGCCGACCCUGUCGCGCUUCUUUUUAACUACACCCCAUGGCACUAACGGGACCGUAGUCGUGAGCCUAUCCCCAGUCUCGGACUACACUAUGGAGCUCUUACACGCCUUUGGCGCAACUUACGUAGCAUGCGAAUGUCACUGAGCCCACUCCCUCUUUCUCUACGCUACUUAUGUUAUAGAUGCCAGGUACCAAGCAACCAAAGUCUCCCCUGUCAUCAGAGCAGCCCAUCUUGACCCUGACGAGUUGUCUGGGAUCAAUUGCUGGGUGCCUUGUCGAACCGAACAUGAUCAAAGCAAUCGAUCGCUGGGGUGAGUGCCUCUCUCAUAAUAGCAAGAAGACUGAGGUUGCUAGAGCCUACCUGAACUGCUAUUGUCUUUACUGCAUUUGUACCUUCGAUGCUAUCUCGCAUUCACUGCACUUCCUGACCCCCGCUCUUCUCGCCACCACCCUGUCUAUCUGUUUUUUCUAUCUCUCCGUCUUUCCUCAUGUACACAGGUACUUACAUACAUAAGUGUGUGUAUAAGAGUGCGUGUAUCUAUCGAACCCCGGUCCCAUAUCAUUAUACCUACGAAAGUAGACUGGUGAAGAAUGAUCCAC